GCCGAACGCGCACCGCGGCGGGCGUGCGGGGCUGCUGCGGCGGCAGCGGCGGCUCCGAUCCGGCACCCUCUCUUACCACCUGGCGCGCGUGGGGGCGGGUCCACAGCCCCUUGUCCGCCCUCCAACCCCCAUGGGCAGCCGCCAGCCGCCGCCUCGGCAGCCACCCAGGACACGACAGGGAUAAGAGCAGCACCGGACCCCACCGGUCACCAUGUCGGGAGACUAUGAGGACGACCUCUGCCGGCGGGCACUCAUUCUGGUCUCAGACCUCUGUGCGCGGGUCCGAGAUGCCGACACCAGCGACAGGUGCCAGGAGUUCAACGACCUGCGAAUUCGAGGCUAUCCGCGGGGCCCAGAUGCAGACAUCUCCGUGAGCCUGCUGUCAGUCAUCGUGACAUUCUGUGGCAUCGUCCUGCUGGGCGUCUCCCUCUUCGUGUCCUGGAAGUUGUGCUGGGUGCCCUGGCGGGACAAGGGAGGCUCGGCAGUGGGCGGCGGCCCCCUGCGAAAAGACCUGGGCCCUGGGGUCGGGCUGGCGGGCCUGGUAGGCGGCGGUGGGCACCACCUCGGGGCUGGCCUGGGUGGCCAUCCCCUGCUGGGGGGCCCGCAUCACCAUGCCCACACCGCCCACCACCCGCCUUUCUCCGAGUUGCUGGAGCCGGGCAGCCUGGGGGGCUCUGACCCCCCUGAGCCCUCCUACUUGGACAUGGACUCAUAUCCAGAGGCCGCGGCCGCAGCUGCAGUCGCCGCUGGGGUCAAACCGAGCCAGACGUCUCCGGAGCUGCCCUCCGAGGGCGGGGCAGGCUCUGGACUGCUCCUGAUGCCCCCUAGCGGUGGGGGCUUGCCCAGUGCCCAGUCCCACCAGCAGGUCACAAGCCUAGCACCCACCACCAGGUACCCAGCCCUGCCCCGGCCCCUCACCCAGCAGACCCUGACCCCCCAGCCGGACCCCAGCAGUGAGGAGCGGCCACCUGCCCUACCCUUACCCCUGCCUGGUGGCGAAGAAAAGGCCAAGCUCAUUGGACAGAUCAAGCCGGAGCUGUACCAGGGGACUGGACCUGGCAGCUGGCGGGGCGGCGGGGCCCCGGGCUCUGGAGAGGCCGGCGCGGGCGCACCCUGCGCGGGCCGCAUCAGCUUCGCCCUGCGGUACCUCUACGGUUCGGACCAGCUAGUGGUGCGGAUCCUGCAGGCCCUGGACCUUCCCGCCAAGGACUCCAACGGCUUCUCAGACCCCUAUGUCAAGAUCUACCUGCUGCCUGACCGCAAGAAAAAAUUCCAGACCAAGGUGCACAGGAAGACCCUGAACCCUGUGUUCAACGAGACGUUUCAGUUCGCGGUGCCCCUGGCUGAGCUGGCCCAGCGCAAACUGCACUUCAGUGUCUACGACUUCGACCGCUUCUCGCGGCACGACCUCAUCGGCCAGGUGGUGCUGGACAACCUGCUGGAGCUGGCCGAGCAGCCCCCCGACCGCCCGCUGUGGCGGGACAUCGUGGAGGGCGGCUCGGAAAAGGCAGAUCUUGGGGAGCUGAACUUCUCACUCUGCUACCUCCCCACGGCCGGGCGCCUCACCGUGACCAUCAUCAAAGCCUCUAACCUCAAAGCCAUGGACCUCACUGGCUUCUCGGACCCCUACGUGAAGGCCUCUCUGAUCAGCGAGGGGCGGCGGCUCAAGAAGCGGAAAACCUCCAUCAAGAAGAAUACGCUGAACCCCACCUACAACGAGGCGCUGGUGUUCGACGUGGCCCCCGAGAGCGUGGAGAACGUGGGACUCAGCAUCGCAGUGGUAGACUACGAUUGCAUCGGGCACAACGAGGUGAUUGGCGUGUGCCGCGUGGGCCCUGAUGCCGCCGACCCCCACGGCCGGGAGCACUGGGCGGAGAUGCUGGCCAACCCCCGCAAGCCCGUGGAGCACUGGCAUCAGCUGGUGGAGGAAAAGACUUUGAGCAGCUUCACGAAAGGCAGCAAAGGAUUGUCAGAAAAAGAGAACUCAGAGUGAGGGCCCUGCAGGUCUGGCCUAGACCGGGGACCAGACCAGGCCCGCUCAGGACCCCAUCCCUUCCUGCCCGGACCGUGAAUUCAUCUCCUCGAAGCCAUAACGUCCGAGCUGCGUGGUGCGGGGCGGUCCUGGGCCUGCCCAUCCUUCUACCCCCAGAGGCGUGAGGGCGGGAGGCCGGUGGGCCCAGCUCCCUGUUUCGGGGUGGGGGGCAUUCUGUCUCCAUUGUGUCUGUCUGUCCUUCCCUGGGGCUCCCCUUCCAGGCGAGGGGCCGUGCAUGUCUGGGGGACCCCAGCCCUCGAAACCCUCCGUCUGUCUUGUCUGUCUGUCUGUCUAUUUGCUGUUUGUUCAAGACUUGGUGUCUGACCCUGGUUCUCACCAUGAAUGUCAGUGGACCAAUCCUCUGUGCUCCCCCAGACUCAGACGACACACACCUGUGUCUGCCCCUUCUGUGCGCCACACCCUGAGUCUGGCCAGUCCACCACUGCUGCUGCUGUCAACCCCAGAAUAAACACACGUGGGUCUCCCUCUGCCUGGGGCUCCUGUCUCUCUGGGACCCAGCCGCGGGGUGAGAACAGCCUUGUUCUGGGUUCAGACAAAUGAACCCAGAACAUCUGCUGGCUGGA